CCCUCACUGCUGACCCUUUCCUGACUUAGCUCCACCUCUGAGGGACCCAGCUUAAACUUGACCAAUGACUUCAAAGUACCACGGAGAACAAAGGGCCAGAACUUCAGCAGUGAAGAAUAAAAGGCCACACCUUCCACCAGCAGCAUAGACUUGCUUCUGGUUCAUUUGUGAUUGCCAGCAAGAUCCCUGACCUGACACCAUGGUGCAUUUUACUGCUGAAGAGAAGGCUGCUAUCACUAGCCUGUGGGGCAAGGUGAAUGUGGAAGAGGCUGGACAUGAAGCCUUGGGCAGGCUUCUGGUUGUUUAUCCCUGGACCCAGAGAUUCUUUGACAGCUUUGGCAACCUUUCCUCUCCAUCUGCCAUCAUGGGCAACCCCAAGGUCAAGGCCCACGGCAAGAAGGUGCUGACUUCCUUUGGAGAUGCCAUUAAGAACAUGGACAAUCUCAAAAGUGCUUUUGCAAAGCUGAGCGAACUGCACUGUGACAAGUUGCAUGUGGACCCUGAGAACUUCAAGCUCCUGGGUAACAUGCUGGUGAUUGUUAUGGCUUCUCAUUUUGGCAAAGAAUUCAACCCUGAGGUACAGGCUGCCUGGCAGAAGCUAGUGGCUGGUGUUGCCAUUGCUCUGGCCCACAAAUACCACUGAGUCCUACUUUGCUUCAUCGGUGCUCCUGUGUGUCUCUGACAUCCUUCUUUGCAGCCGAGGACACC